AUGGAUUCCCAGCGAGCGAAUGAAAGUCAUGUUUCAUUACUGGAGUGUGUGAAAGGUCCGUUUGCUUCGUCGUUAAACCUCUCCAGCAUGGACAUGAACUCCACCUGUAGCAACGCAUCAGUUCUCACCAAACUUCAACCUGCACGAUCCAAAGAAAUGUACUCGCUGCGGAUCCUCCUCUACUCCCUGAUCUUCCUCCUGAGCGUGUUCGGCAACCUGCUGAUCAUCGUGGUGCUGAUCGUGAACAAGCGCAUGCGCACGGUCACAAACUCCUUCCUGCUCUCUCUGGCCGUCAGUGACCUCAUGAUGGCCGUCUUCUGCAUGCCCUUCACACUCAUCCCCAAUCUGCUGGAGGAUUUCAUCUUCGGAGCCGUUAUGUGCAAGACCGUUGCCUAUUUCAUGGGUAUCUCCGUCAGCAUUUCCACCUUCAGUCUGGUUGCCAUAGCGAUCGAGAGGUACAGCGCCAUCUGCAAUCCGCUGAAGUCCCGUGCAUGGCAGACACGCUCCCAUGCCUACAAAGUCAUCACCGCUACCUGGGUUGUGUCGGUUAGCAUCAUGGUACCGUACCCUGUGUUCAGCACGCUGGUGCCCUUCAAAAAACCGGGCAACACGACCGCUCACAUGUGCCGCCCGGACUGGCCCAUGAGUCAAGUGGAACAGAUCUGGUACGUCCUGCUGCUGUUUAUACUGUUCUUCAUUCCCGGCGUGGUAAUGACUAUUGCCUAUGGUCUUAUCACCAGAGAGCUGUACAGAGGAAUUGAGUUCAAACUGGAGCAGAAAAAAGACAGUCGAGCGGUGAAGAACGGUCUGAACGGCACUGCAUCACAUGGCCAAGAUGACAACGAUGGCUGCUACAUCCAGGUCCAGAAGAAGACCUCCGCCAUGGAGCUGUCCACUGUCAGCGCCUCAGCCUCCUCAGAGUCGGACCAGCCUCGCAGCAACACCUCCAGCGCCAAGCUCCAGGCCAAGAAGCGCGUGAUCCGCAUGCUGAUCAUCAUCGUCGCCAUGUUCUUCAUCUGCUGGAUGCCACUGUAUUCCGCCAACACAUGGAAGGCGUUCGACCAGAAAUCGGCCCAGCAGGCUCUCUCCGGAGCGCCCAUCUCCUUCAUCCAGCUGCUGUCGUACACAUCGGCUUGCGUCAACCCCAUCAUCUACUGCUUCAUGAAUAAGCGCUUUCGUAAGGCGCUGCUGGCCACCUUCACUUGUUGCGUCGUUCCGUGCCGCAAGCGUAGGAGGAGGGAGGGUGACGACGAGCUCACCGGAGCUACGGCUGCGUCUAUGUCCAAAUUUAGCUACACCACUGUUAGCACGGUAGGGCAGUGUUAA